AUUCUACAACAAUGGAACACUAAGUUUGAGGGAUAAACUCUGAAGUUAGUAUCAAAAAAUAUCGUAGACUGGUCGCCCGAUGGAUCCGAUGGUCACUGAUGAUAAACAAUCUUCGAGAAACUUUAGCCAAGCAAACAGCUGUUGGUGUUAUUGGGUUAGUCAAUUCAGGAAAAUCAAAGUUUGUCAACUCCAUGUUUGAAAUCAACACGGUGACUGGUACCACAGAUCAGAAGCGAACCACUGUUCCGUUGAUUUACAACUUGGAUAAGCACUUUAAAGGUUUAGAUGUCAUUGAUUUUCCUGGUGUGGAUGAUCGUGAUGAGACAAUUCCUGAGUUGGCAAAAUUAUUGUUAAGUUUGACUCGGAUUGUUGUAUUUGUCGUUGAUUACAGGAAAGCUCAUACUGAGUCAACAAAACAAUGGCUUUCUACACUCGAGAAAGAAAAUGUUCCUGUUCUUGUUUGUCUUACAUUUGCUGACAGACUUUAUGCCGAAUUAAUGGGGAAAAAUUGUGAAAAUGACAUAGAUACAAUAAAAGCUGGAGUGGAUUCUCAAUUAGAAGUGUUAAAAAAGAAGAUUGGAUUAUCAGAAAACGGGCAUCAACGUGACUUCAAACUAGCAGUGUUUGCUUUUGAUAACGAUUCCACUUUGAAUUCAGACGAGGGAAAAGCAAAGCUUCGAAAAGUUGGUCUUAGUGACGAAUUAGACGUAGGUCGCUGGAUUGCCGAAAAGCUAAAGGUUCAGUAUAAGCUGAGUAAUCUUUCACAUAAUUUUCUCAAAUACAUUGAAAGAAAGGACAGCAGCACUUUAAAACCAUGCAAGAGUGCUACCGAACAUAGAGGUGAAAGUAGAAAAAAUGGAAAACAUAGAAAAAAAUCUCAAAAGAAGGUUUGAAAUAUCUUAAUAUGUGUUGCCACUGAACAGCAAACAAAUAAUAAUGAUCGUAUGUUUUAAUAUACCCAUAUGUGUAACGAACUAUGUGUUGUCUCCGUAACAUAAAUUUACGAAUAACUUGGUGUCAUUACAAUUCGGAUGAUGAUUUUGAAAUGAAACCGAAAUGUUACAAUUCUUGGAGGUUGUUUACAUGAUCUCGGCUAGCCCGGAUUCAGGAAAUUUAUUGAAAGGAGACAAAACUUCAAGCGUAAAAAUUACAAUUGUUUGUU